UGGUGGAUACGCAGUUGGAGUUCAGCAACUCUUCUAUGAAGCAUCUCGUCCCGGUCGCAGCUAGUAAUGAUGGGAAUAAAAAACACUGGGUAAAUAAUUCGACAGAUUUCCGGUUUGUUAAAGUCUCGAAAAACCUUUCAAAAUUUGUCAGCAAACUAGCCGGCCGCACGCUGUUCAUCACCGGAGCAUCGCGAGGCAUUGGCAAAGCGAUCGCACUGAAAGCGGCCCGCGAUGGUGCGAACGUGGUGAUCGCGGCGAAAACGGCCGAUCCACACCCGAAGCUGCCGGGGACGAUCUACACGGCGGCCGCUGAAGUCGAGGCAGCCGGCGGCAAGUCACUGGCCUGCGUAGUUGACGUUCGUGACGAGGCGGCAGUGCGAGCGGCUGUAAACGCGGCGGUCGCCAAAUUCGGCGGAAUCGAUAUUGUGGUGAAUAAUGCCAGCGCCAUCUCACUGACGGGAACGGAGCAGACGGAUAUGAAGCGGUACGAUCUGAUGAACAGCAUCAAUGCCAGAGGGACGUUUUUGGUUUCCAAGGAAUGUUUGCCAUAUCUGAGGAAGAGUGAUCAUGGCCACAUCCUGAACAUCUCACCGCCUUUGACAAUGACCCCGGAAUGGUUCGGGAAGCAUGUGGCCUACACCAUCGCCAAGUUCGGAAUGUCCAUGUGUGCUCUCGGAAUGGCCGAUGAGUUCCGAAAGGAUGGAAUAGCCGUCAAUGCACUGUGGCCGGCGGCUUCAGUUCACACGGCUGCUAUCGAUAUGCUGUAUGGACAGGGUGCCGAACGGGUGUCCCGAAAGCCGGAAGUCAUGGGCGAUUCGGCUUACGCCAUUUUGUGCCGGGAUCCACGAACCUGUACCGGGAAUUUCUUCAUCGAUGAAGACGUGCUGCGACAGGAAGGGGUCAGCGACUUUGGAGAAUAUUCCUGUAUUCCGGGAAACGAAGAAAUCUUGCGCAUGUGCAUUUUUGUAGAUGAAAUUCAGAGAUCAAAGUUAUAAUGAGCGAUCAGAAAUAAAGGCAUAUU